GCAAAAAGUUUGGAUACCUCUGUCCUAGAGGGCGCUAGUCAGAAAGAGGAAAUGACCUCUACGUUGUGUGAUGACGUCACAAAGAUCCACACUCAUUCUCAUGAGGAGCAGAAUGAGUAGAGCUCUGAGAAUUCGCAAGGAUUUUCUUUUUACUUGCAGAGUGUCGAACAAAGUAACCUGUUGAGUCCCACAAAACAACCUGAGUUCAACAGAUAGCCGACAUGUCAGAAGAGACGAGCUCACAGGACGGGAACGGCAAAGUCAGCCGGGUCAUCAGGAUCGGAACUCGCAAAAGCCAGCUGGCGCGCAUCCAGACUGACAGUGUGGCUGACAAGCUGAAGGAGCUCUACCCGGAUUUCCACCUGGAAAUAGUUGCCAUGUCAACAACAGGAGAUAUAAUCCUCGACAGAGCUUUAUCAAAGAUUGGUGAGAAGAGUUUAUUCACCAAAGAGUUGGAGAACGCCCUGGAGAGGAAUGAGGUCGACCUGGUCGUUCACUCGCUGAAGGAUCUUCCCACCAGCUUGCCUGCAGGGUUCACCAUCGGAGCUGUGCUGAAGAGGGAAAACCCCCAUGAUGCAGUGGUGCUCCAUCCAAGCAACACAGGAAAAACUCUGGACACUCUUCCAGAGAAAAGUGUUAUUGGCACGAGUUCAUUACGCCGCGCUGCCCAGCUGAAGAAAAGGUUUCCCCAUCUGGAGUUCAAGGACAUCCGUGGGAACCUGAACACGCGUCUGAAGAAGCUGGAUGAGAAGGACGACUUUGCUGCCAUCAUCCUGGCUGCUGCCGGCCUGAAGAGGAUGGGCUGGGAGAACCGAAUCAGCAUGAUCCUGGAGCCUGAAGACUGUAUGUAUGCUGUUGGACAGGGGGCUUUGGCAGUGGAGGUCCGGGCCAGAGAUGCAGACAUCCUGGAGAUGGUGUCUGUCCUCCAUGACCCUGACACUGUGCUGCGCUGCAUCGCUGAGAGAGCUUUCCUCAAACAACUGGAGGGCGGCUGUAGUGUUCCUGUGGCUGUGCACACCAAGGUGAAGGAGUCCCAGCUCUACAUGACCGGCGCCGUGUACAGUCUAGAUGGAUCACAGAGCAUCAAAGAAACCAUGCAGACCAGCAUCGCUCCCGGUGACGAACAGAGCCUGGAGAGGGUGGACGAGCAGGUCCAGAGAGUGGGAGUCACAGCCAUGAAAGUCCCAGCUGAAGCCCAGGAUGCGGCUGAGCGGCUGGGCAUCAAACUGGCUGAUUUACUGCUAAGCAAAGGAGCCAAGGAGAUCCUGACUGUGGCCCGGCAGCUCAAUGACGCCAGAUAAUCCCAUCCCCUAAAUCCCCCUCCCCCAUACCUCCAAUGGAAGGGACUGUCUGUUCAGUCUAACGCAACUUUGUUUCAAGUAAAACCACAACCUCCAUCUUAUGUGGUGCUAAUUUAAAGCCCAGUCGAUUAAGAAACAGUGUUGUGCAGACACUACUUGAACCAAAGUUGCACUCAGAACAUCAGUUUGUUAGGAGUCCCUUCUGUUUGUGGGUCUUGGUUUGGGUGUUAGCCUGUACUUACCUCAGUGAACCAUCUCCUUAACCACACACACAUCAGCCCACUGGGAUGAUCUGGGAGGAACACAAAUGGCCUUCAGCACCUGCAUCACCAACUGAAACGAGUCCAGGACGUGUCACCAUAAUCCAAGUGACACAGGAAGGAAGAGCUUAUCUGCACUGUUAUUAAAAACAAAAACGCAUUCCCUUUUUAAAGCUUUCAUAAUGCAUGUUCUGAAUGUGCAUGAUUUUCACAACAUGCAUCCUACCUCUUUAAGAGAGUAAAUGUAUUCAUCACAGUAAGCUGGAAGGAAAUGUUGAGUCCAAUGCUGCCUGUACCAGAACUAGAGAGUAAGGCUGGGAUCUGCACAACUCUGCACUGAACCAGACAUUUUAACGCUUGAUGCUGUGGCUUCAAAACCGUUCCUGCAGUUCAGUUUUCUGUUCUUUACAAACAGAGAUGUUUUAAGUUUUACUUACAAUGUGAAAAAUGUUUGCAUGAAUAGAAAAUGGCUGGCAAGAGCAGGUGAUUAGAACUGCGUUCGCACAAACAUUCGAAUAUGUGUGUCUGAAAUUACGUGGCUAUUUCAGCCUCACUGAGGUUCCUCUGAUACGUGAGGCUCAGGCUGCUCUGAGGGUCUGGCGGGAUCAUAGCAAUGGUCUUUUCAUAUAAAUUUGAGACUUGAAUUAUUUCCUUAUCUAACUGCUUUUUACAAAAACAUAAAUAAAGCAAAAAUUAUUAGGCGUGUUGCUGAAAACUACCCUAUGACCUUUAAAUUAAUGAUAUAACAUGUAUUUAUUUGUAUAUUUUCAUACAUAGAAAAUGAAAAACACUUGCUAAAUUCUGAAGAAAUAUUUGAGGGAAGAAUAUAUAUUUUUUUGCUCUACAGAGUAACACCGUCUACCUAUCUGUUCCUGUACCUGGCCUGUAGUUGUCGCUAGGCAACAGGACUAGUGCUCUGCUAGUUUUUAGAUUACGACUUCCUGUACUUUUUAACAUCACAAAAUAUUCCCAAACAGCAGAAAUUGUCUCGUAAGUGAGACUUUUUUUGUUUUUUCUGUCAGCUGACUGGCAGUGAGCAGCAGCAGGUGAGUUAAGGACGGCGAUGCAUCCUAAUGGAACCUUGUUGUACCUUGAUGUAAGGAGCUGGCCCCAGGCCAAAUAAAGUCACAUAAAAUGAUAUGUACUAUCUAAUUGAUCUAAAAUUAAAAACUAACAUAAUCUGAAAUGUAUUUUCUAUUCUAAUAUAAAUAUAUGAUAUUCACUUUAUCAACCAUAUAUAAUCUAAAAAUACAUGCAGACAUUUGUAGAUCAGUGAGAGAACAGGGCUACUGUUUAUCGCAUUUAUCCAUCAAUGUGAGUCUGCACCAGAAACAGCUGUGUGUGGUAGUUCUCGGGUGCCAUGGCUUGAAAACAUAGCAAAUUCUGAGAACGGAUAAUAUUCAAUAUGGAAGAUGGUGGCACUAAGUUAAACUAUGUCAGAUAGUAAUGGAAAUGGCAUCAUAUAAUAGCUAAGCCUUCUGGAUUCUGUAAACUCUGCUGUAGUGAUGUCUUCCUUUAUGCUACACUUCAUAUUUCUAAGCCAUUGCUCAGAAUGUAAUUGCUUCUCUUUGAUCCAGGUGCCAUUCGUGUAAGCUAUAGGAUUUAUGCUGAAGUCGACUGGGUAUCUGCCUCCUAAAAAGUACUCUUAUGUUCUGUUUCUUUGAUACUUCUCAGUCAGGCUUAAUGUUUUUAUCAGUACAGUUAGUUUGAUGCUAUGUUUUUCGUAUAAUUUUUCUAGUUUAAGCGUUAUUUUUGAAAAAAAAAGGUGAUGCUGGUUAUAAAUGUUUUUUUCAGCUUUAAUUUCUAUUUUAAUCAACAGACUUUUCUAGCAAUAACAGCUCAACGUGCAAAAAACAUGUUUUUCUUGUGAUUUGAAACAUUUGUUAAUAAAGAAAGUGUGUUUAACAUC